AUGGCGCCCAGUGUCCUCGAUGACCUGGGGUCAGAGCUGACGGCUGUCGUGGCCCCCGUCAGCAUCUGCAUUGCCAUCACGGUGUGGCUCGUGGCAGUGCUGAACCCCGACGGCCAGAGCAACUCCCGGGCUAUGUCGAUCGCCACCGCAGCCUACGCCGAGGACGACACCGACUCCGACUGGACCAAGUUCCGGGGCAGCCUGCUGAAUGCCUUUAUCUUCGUCGCAUUCAUCGGCAUCGCCACCUUUGGGCUGGUCGCUGCCGUCAAGCGGGGGUACACCCGCUGGAUCUUCCUGUACAUGUGCUUCUCCGUGUUCAGCGUCUUCUUCACGCUCAACGGCCUGAUCUGCGUGGAGCUGCUCCAGGCCUUCUCCCUGCCCUUCGACUGGGUCUCCCUCACCCUCCUCCUUUACAAUACGGCGGUGCUGGGGGCGGCCACCCUGUUCCACUUCCCCGCCCCCCUCCUGCUGAAGCAGGCCAACCUCAUUGCCGUGGGGGUGGGCACCGCCUUCACCUUCACCUUUGUCCCGGAGUGGACCAGCUGGACGCUGCUGGUGGCCAUGGCCCUCUAUGACAUCGCCGCAGUUCUGGCGCCCUGGGGCCCCCUGAAGGAGCUGGUGGACCUGGCCAGCGAGAGCGGCGACCCCAUCCCGGCCCUGGUGUACUCCGCCCGGCCCGCCGGAGGGGCUGCUGAGGCGGCGGGCGCACGGAGCGCCGAAGCAGGCCCGCUCCUGGCCAGACCUGCCCGCCCUGCGCCCGUCCCCGGUGAGACAGAGCUGGCGGUCCAGGCUGGACGCGAGACUGCGCCGGAGGACGCCUCGCCGGGUCCCGCGGUGGAAUCAGAGCGCCUGCUGCGGCCCCGGUCGAGCACCUCCGGCCAGCCGGACGGCCCACUACCCUUUCCCAUCUCGCUGUGGACCCGGACAGACCACCCAGGCCUGCUGCGGGUCACAGCGACCGGCCCCGAAUCCCAGCAGCGCUCCGCCCCAUCACUGCACCCCGCUGCCUCAGAGCGCGGGAGCGAGGAUGGCGUCUGGCUCCCCGACGGCAUCCGCUUGGGCAUGGGCGACUUCAUCUUUUACUCGGUGCUCGUGGCGCGCGCCAGCAUGCACAGCGCGCUGGCCGCCGGCGCGUCCUUCCUCGCUGUCGUGGCGGGGCUGGCCUGCACGCUGCUCUGGCUCUCGGUCGCGCACUCGGCGCUGCCCGCGUUGCCCAUCUCCAUCGCGCUGGGCACGCUGGCCUACUUUGCCACGCGCACCGUGCUCGAGCCCACCCUGCUCCCCCUGACGCUGCACGGCCUGUACUUUUAG